AACAUGAAAAUAGGAAAUCAAACAAUUAUUUUAGAAUUUUUACUUGUGGGGUUUUCUCAAGAUGCAGAGUAUCAACCCUUGCUAUUUGGACUGUUUCUACUCAUGUUUGUGGUUGCUGUGCUUGGGAACCUACUCAUCAUUCUGGCUGUCAGCUCUGACUCCCACCUGCACACUCCCAUGUACUUCUUCCUCUCCAACCUGUCCUUUUCUGACAUUUGUUUCAUCUCUACAACCAUCCCUAAGAUGUUGGUGAACAUUCAAACACAGAGCAAGUCCAUCACCUAUGCAGGAUGCAUCACCCAAAUGUAUUUUUUCAUGGUCUUUGGAGGCAUGGACACAUUUCUUCUCACUCUGAUGGCUUAUGACAGAUUUGUGGCCAUCUGCCACCCUCUUCACUACCCAGUAAUCAUGAACCCCCAACUGUGUGGCCUGCUGGUUCUUGUGUCCUGGUUCAUCAGCUUCUUAUACUCUCUGAUCCAGAGUCUGUUGAUGCUGCGAUUAUCCUUCUGCACCAAUCAGAUAAUUAAACACUUUUACUGUGAACUUGCUCAGGCCCUCACUGUAGCCUGUUCAGACACACUGCUCAACCAUAUCCUUCUUUAUAUUGUGACUUGUAUUCUUGGCUUUGUUCCUUUAUCAGGGAUCCUUUAUUCCUACUCUCAAAUUGUUUCCUCUAUUCUGCGAAUUCCAUCAACAGAUGGAAAAUAUAAGGCAUUUUCUACUUGUGGUUCUCAUCUAUCAGUGGUUUCAUUAUUCUAUGGGACAGGUCUUGGUGUGUACCUUAGUUCUGAUGAAACUUCCUUUUCUUGGAAGGGCAUGGUGGCCUCAGUAAUGUAUACAGUGGUCACACCCAUGCUGAACCCUUUCAUCUACAGCUUGAGGAACAAAGACAUUAAGAAGGCCUUCAAAAGACUGAUCUCCAAAAUAUAUAAAGAACUCAAGAUAUUAGACAUUAAAAUCUAUGUAACCCAAUUCAAAAUGAUGUACUGAACUAAUCAGAGAAUUCUUAACAGAAGAAUUUCAAAUGGCCAAAAGAUACUUAAGGACAUGUUCAACUUCCUUAGCUAUUAGGAAAAGGCAAAUUGAAACAAAUCUGAGAUACCAUCUUACACCUAUCAGAAUGGCUAAGAUCAAAAGACCAAUGAUAGAUUAUGCUGUAGAGAAUGUGGAGUAAGGGAAACACUCAUCCAUUGCUGGUGGGAAUGCAAAAUUGUGCAACCACUUUGAAAAUCAGUGUUGUUGUU